UCUACUCCCUUCAAGAAGAGAUCAAAUCUGAAGCAGCAGCAACAAACAUGAAUGUGAAGGGCAUGGCUAUAGUCUUGGCAGUGAUAUUCUGUGCUACAAUUGCUCAAGGUUUCCCAAUGUUCAAAGGGGGACGCUGUCUUUGCAUAGGCCCUGGAGUAAAGGCAGUGAAAGUGGCAGAUAUUGAGAAAAUCUCUGUAAUUUACCCAAGUAACAACUGUGAUAAAAUAGAAGUGAUUAUCACCUUGAAAGCACAUAAAGGACAAAGAUGCCUAAAUCCCAGGUCGAAGCAAGCAAACAUUAUAAUAAAGAAAGUUGAAAGAAUAAAUUUUUUAAAACAUCAAAACAUCUGA